GACAUCAGCGCGGAGGGGCGCGGGAGGAGCCUGGAAGGGGAGUGUCCGAGAGGCUCCCAGCCCCGAAAGCCCGAGAGCCAGAGAGAAACCGACGCCGCGCGGACAUGGGUCGUCAGCCCCGGCGCCUCGCGGAGCCCACGGAGGGGAGAGCGCAGUCGCGCCGCCCCGGCGCUCACGUCUCUGCGGACCCAGGGGCUGAGGUCAGGCAGCAGGGAGAACUAACUUACAGCGUGUCUCCGGACCGGCUGUUCACUGGAGUCACGUCUCUCCUGGGUCGGCUGCCUGGAGCUGCCUGUGUGCCUCCGCCUCUAGGGGCGUCCUGGUUGCGAGGUGCGGGAGGCACUGUCCUUUAGAAGAAGGCACUCUCGCUCAAGUCUCAGGGAGAGCGUGCCUGUGGCUACUUGAGCUCAGAAGAGCCCUAUGAUCUCCUUAUCGCCCCCUCCGCCCGCCGGACUUCAGAUCUGACCUCAGAUCCGCCUGCUGUCUCUGGAGGGGACCCGCUCCUCCCCUCCCCCGCCCCCCGGCAAGAUGCCGAUCCUCAAGCAGCUGGUGUCCAGCUCCGUGCACUCCAAGCGCCGCUCCCGAGUGGACCUCACGGCCGAGAUGAUCAGCGCCCCGCUGGGCGACUUCCGCCACACCAUGCACGUGGGCCGGGCGGGGGACGCCUUUGGGGACACCUCCUUCCUCAACAGCAAGGCUGGGGAGCUGGACAGUGAGUCCGUGGACGAGCAGGCCGCCGCCUCCUCCAAGCGCGGCCUCCUGUCCCGGAAGUUCCGGGGCAGCAAGCGGUCGCAGUCAGUGAGCAGGGGCGACCGGGACCACAGGGACGUGCUGGGCCCCCUGCGGGACUCGGCCCUCUUCGUCAAGAACGCCAUGUCCCUGCCUCAGCUGAACGAGAAGGAGGCCGCCGAGAAGGGCUCCAGCAAGCUGCCCAAGAGCCUGUCCUCCAGCCCCGUGAGGAAGGCCACGGGGGAGGGCGGCCCGGAGGAGGCGGGGCCUCGGCGGAAUGGGGCCUCCGCCCCCCACUCCCCAGACCCCCUCCUCGACGAGCAGGCCUUCGGGGACCUGGCGGAUCUGCCCAUGGUACCCAAGGCCAGCUUUGGGCUGAAGCACGCUGAGUCCAUCAUGUCGUUCCACAUCGACCUGGGGCCCUCCAUGCUGGGCGACGUCCUCAGCAUCAUGGACAAGGGGGAGUGGGAACCGGAGGAGGAGGGGGAGGCCGGUUGCCAUGGUGACGAGGACCCAGCAGGCGGCCCCACCCAGGCUCCCCCGCUGGCGGCGGCAGCCCCUCUCCCGGCAAGGCAGGAAGGAGCGGGGGGCCCGGACCUGCCCGCGCUGCCGUCGCGUGCGCUGCCGGAGGAGGGCUGGGCCGCGGGGGCCCCCAGCCCCGGCUCGGCCCGCAGCGGGGGCAGCAGCCACACCACGCGGGACAGCAGCUCCCUGUCCAGCUGCGCCUCGGGGGUCCUGGAGGAGCGCAGCCCCGCCUUCCGGGGGCCGGACCGGGCCCGGGCCGCUCUCCUGAGGCAGCCGGACCCCGAGUUCUCCUUCAUGGACGAGGAGGAGGAGGACGAGAUCCGAGUGUGAGGCCGGCCGGAGGUGGGGGCUCUUGGCUUUGUCUCCUCCCUGUGCCCCCAGCCCUGCAAGGUCAGCCAGGAGCUUGGCUGCGGGCCCCAGACAGACCCUGGACCUCAUGGAUAAGGGGCGCUGGCCGAGCCUGGGGGCCCUCGUUGGACUUGGAGCUGGCUGGGGUGCCUGACUGCUUUGCACACCCUGCCCUGCCUGAGCUCGUAGGACGGGGCUGUGUUCUCGCAGCGGGACUCGGCUUUCCUCUCCCUCUCCCGGCCUCCAGUGGAUUUCCGCUGUCAACUUGAGUCUCUGCCACGUGCAGCGAUAAUAGGGCAGCCAGGGGCGGCCCAGGGGCGCAAGGGCUAAGGACACUUGACCUGCCUCUUUACUCCUGGCGUUUCUGUUGUGACGGAAUAAACGCCCGUGACGGGUCACAAGUCCCGGCCCCUCCCUCCCUCCAUCCCCAGCUCCUGCACGGGGAGCCCCACGGAGGAAAGGCGGACCGAAUGUGUACAGUGAACGCGACCCCUUCCGCGGGGUGAGAACAGGAUGCAGAACGGAAGGAAGGCCCCGGGGCAUCUUGAAUUUUCAAGAGGGGGCCCUUGCAGGAUGACACUAGGACAGGCUGCAGCCCUUGCUCAGUCCCUCUGGGUUUGUUUGUUCUUGUUGUGUUUAAAUCUUUUUAGAACGAUACCAGGAACGUGUUUGUAGGCCUGCCACCAGAAGGAAAACGAAUCCUUUUAGAAAACCUUUAUACUAAGUACUUCCAAACUUUAUUUAGAACCGUAUGGGGUGGAGGUCUGUGCGUGUCUGUCCUCGGCCCCCUCCCGCAUAGCUAUUAACAACAACAGGCAGCCAGUGUAGAAAAUUUCUGGAAAAUGAUUAUUAAAAAAAAUGUCAUUCCUAUGGGGGGAUAAAACCUCUUUUGACUGGGUUGUUCAACCUCCGACUGACUACGUCCCUCUGCCAGCAGAGCCCCCUUCCCCACUUCUGAGUCAGUGGUCCUGAGGGUAUAGGGUUGCCAGAUUUAGCAACAAAACAAAAACCAGAAUGCUGAGUUAAAUUAGAGUUUCAGGCAUGCAAAGGAUGAUUUCUUAGUGUAAGUAUGCCGCAUGCCAUGUUUGUAAUACACUCAUGCUAAAAAAUUAGUUGUUGUCUUUCUGAAAUUCAGCUUUCACUCUGCGCCCUUAGAACCCCACCCAAGGGGAUCGAGUGGAGGUUGGGUGCGAGCCCCCAGGAUUCACAGAUGAGGAUUUUUCUGUCCUGGCAACAGGCUGACUUCACCUUCUCCUGUCGCCUUGUAGCCAGUGGAGGGAGGGGGGCGGACAGAACCGCCACGGGGUCCAGCCAGGGCUGGCGGCGGGUGCAGCUGCCCUAGCCUCCGCCGCGGGGUCCAGCCAGGGCUGGCGGCAGGUGCAGCUGCCCUGCCUCCUGAGUUUUGCCAGAUCUGGACUCAGACACCACCUUAGUUCUUGAAAUGGGUGCUCACUGGUUUCCAGCCGUGCAGCCCCUGCCAGCUGCCGCCCUUGAAACCCAUCUAGACAGCGCUCAGUUCCAGAUUCUAAACUGUGUAUUUUUUUUUUCCGUGAAAAUGUUAAAACAGCAAGGAAACAUUAAAAUAAAAGGCCUUACAGCA